CUCGUCUGGUAUUUUCUGGACGUUUCUCCUCAGCUGACGGUGACGUCACGGGCGAGCUGAUAUAACUACUACCGGACAGGAGGCGACCUGGAGACCGGCGAGGACCGGAGCUGAGAACUAAGGAGCGUUCAGAAGAGCAGCUGUACUAUGGCCUGACGCCGGAUCGGUGCCAGAGGCAUCUACUUACAUUCCACGACCACGACCUAUUCUCACAGCAGCUGCUGCAAAACAGCCAAGCGAUCUGCCUCGUAUUGUUAGGAGACCUUGAGAAGAGGAGAAUUUCUUGUUAGUCAUGGGAGAUUAUUAUGAAAUCCUCGGAGUUCCCCGAAAUGCCACCCAGGAUGAUAUUAAACGAGCGUAUCGUAAAUUGGCUCUGAAAUGGCACCCAGACAAGAAUCCAGAUAACAAGGAGCUUGCAGAGAAGAAGUUUAAAGACAUUGCAGAGGCCUAUGAGGUGCUAUCAGACGUAAACAAACGUGAAACUUAUGAUCGUUAUGGUAAAGACGGAUUCUCAGGACCUGAACCUUCAAGAUCCAACUCCAGAUACCAAGGUUUUACCUAUACAUUCCGAAGCCCUGAGGAAGUAUUCAGAGAAUUUUUCGGUGGUAGAGACCCUUUUUCAGAUUUCUUUGGUGAUGACUUCAUGUUCCCCGGCGUGCGCAGCGAUGAGAUGCGUCACACCCACUCCGCGCCAUUCUUCUCCGAUGUUUUUCCCAGUAGCAGAGUUUUCUCCUCUUUUUCGUCUUUUGGAAGCGACGGGUUCGGGGUGACUGGAAACGUUUGUUCAGUCUCUACCAGCACCAAAAUAGUUAAUGGGAAAAGGAUAACCACCAGAAGGACCGUAGAAAAUGGAGUGGAGCGGGUACAGGUAGAGGAGGACGGGCAGGUGAAGUCCAUCCGGGUGAACGGGGUUGAAGAUGAUCUCGCUUUGGCGAUGGAGAUGAGCAAAAGAGAUCAGAAAAAUGUGCCGACGCCUCCCACCACCCAGACCAGGGAGCCUCCAUACAAUGUCCAGAGGGCGUCCCCAACCUUCCUGGUGGUGGACAGCGACGACGAAGAUGAGGAUCUGCAGCUGGCAAUGGCGUACAGCCUCUCAGAGAUGGAAGCCUCAGGGCAGCACCGAGCAGGUGUGUUCUGAGAAUGGAUUCAGUUCUGUUCCCAUCGCCGGCCGGGGGGUUGCACGGGGAGCACAGACAACAAGCUCCCCCCUGACAUACUACACCUUUCCUCUGCGCAGGUUUGGCACAUGGGCUCCAUCAUCCUGACAGAUUCAGGGGGACCCCCUCCCCCUAUAUUCUGCACUACACUGGAAUGAGACUUUGAUUUUUUGUUUUUUUUUUGUUUUUUUGGGAGCCGUGAAGGGGGGGGGGUUAGCACUUGUGGAUUUCAAAGGGGCUGGACCCAAGGGACGUUCCAUAUUGGGGAAUGCUUGGAUAAGAAGUGGGGCUGCGUGUGUGAUGCGUAUUUAUAUACC